AUGGGCAACUCAGAAUCAGUUCCGCAGCAACGACGAGGACGCAGUCCCAAAGAUGGUCGAAGACGAAGUCGAAGCAUGGAUCAUUCCCUUGCAAAAGAGAUGAUGGCAAUCACGGCGGCCAAUUGCUCUCCUACCAGUACCAACAGCGAUAAGAUUGGCAAACCGACCGCAGGCGGAACGCGAAAAACUCCAGGUCGUGCCAAGAGCUUUGAGAGCAGCGUUGUGUCCAAACGGGAAAUGAGAGAGAUUCCUUCGGGGAACAAGAGUGGCACGAGGAAGAAUGUACGAGCAUCGUCGAAAUCUAGAAGCUCAAGGAAAAUCACCAGCAACAGCAACAGUAUCACUCUGGGCGACCAAGACCUGGAUGAGAUCUAUGACUUUGUGAAUCAAAUGAAGGAGACAAACCUGGGCGGGAACAUGCUGGAGGAAUUCGUUGUUCGGCAAGCAGAGGACAUUCAAACCAGCGAGAUGGGCGGCAAGCCAAGUUUGCAUUCUGUUCCUAUUCAGAUUGAAAUCAGCUAA